UACACAUUUUCUGAAAAUUUUCAACUAGAUAGCUUGCAAGGUAUUGUGCACCAUGGGUAUGGCUGAGAAGAGGCAGGUGAUGGAGAUGAGAGGGAAGAAGCCAGGGCUGAUCACCAAGACACUAGACCGGUGCCGGAGCGCGCCGGCGAGGCAGAAGCCAGCCGAAGGCUGCUUCUCGGUGUACGUCGGCGCCGGGAGGCAGAGGUUUGUGGUGCGCACCGAGUGCCUGAACCACCCACUGUUCCGGGCGCUGCUGGAAGAGGCCGAAGAGGCGUUCGGGUACGCAGACGCAGGGCCGCUUGAGCUGCCCUGCAACGCUGAGGCAUUUGCCGAGGUGCUGGAACAGAUCGAGGAGGAGAAGCAGAUGGCCAUGGGGAGGAGACGCAACCUUGCCAGGCGGAACUCCUACUGGCUGCUGGGCAGUGGUCGGCUGGCCAUUAUUGACCAGUCAUAGAAUGCACUGGAUUGCAUGGUGGCUGAGUUGAUGAGCUCUGAGUUUCUGUUGAGCUUAUAUUCUCAAUAUCAUGUACACUCGAAAACAAUGUUAGUAUUCCAAAGUAUGCUAAGGAACCGCAUCACAUA